AAGUUCCAACAGAAGGCUCGGAAACAAACUAAGCAGAAGAAAUCGAAGUCGUCUGACUUUCUGAUGGCUGAGCUUUGCUCGAUGACAAAAGAUGAGAAAGUUUCAAUUGAAGUCUUCGAAAACGCAGCUUUGAACAUCAGCAAUACUGAUAUUUCAACACAUCAGACUGGACUUAUUAGAUAUGACAAGCUGACUAGCAGUCUUGCAGCUCACCCACAAAAACUCAGGUUGCGAGCCCAAACCGAACCAAGAGGUGAGAUUUCACCUUUGAUCAUCAUCAGCUUGAGUGACAAUGGUUAUGUCCUUGAUCUAACCUGUCCAUUCCAUGUUGAUUCAAGCAUUGUAUCCUGA